UACUGUUGACAUUUGAUAAGUUCUGGUUUACAGAGGUCAUAUAAUUUUGUUUAUGUGUUUGUUUCUUUUUUUAUUUGUUAAGGUUUGAAUAUAAUUUUAGACAGUAUGCAGUGUAAUCAAACCGUAAAAGAUGUGUGUCACCCGAACGCCGAAUGUAUAAGAAACAUAUGCGUAUGUAAAAGUGGUUUCCAUGGUGAUGGAGUCAAAACUUGCAGUAAAAAAUGCAUUUGUGAAGUGGUUGGAGACCCUCACAUUCACGGUUUUGACGGACAUUUCAUGACCUUCCCUGGGCGAUGUAGAUACACUAUGUCGAGAACAACCACGGCUCAUGAUUCUUGUGGAUUCAACAUAGAAAUAAAAAAUGACAAUACUGGACCAUCCGGGGAUCAGGAUAUGCAAAGUAGCUGGCUGAGAACAGUUUAUAUUCAAACACAAGACCAUAUCAUCAAAUUCAAACGUAUGAGAAUCAUAGAAGUUGAUGGAUAUUUACGAUAUAUGCCAGUACAUGUACGUUCACCAAAGGGUUUUCUUGCUAUAGUUCACAAUGGUCCAUGGGUAAUUCUUGCUACAUCCUGUGGACUCCACGUUAAGUGGGACGGUGAUUCGACCGUUAAGAUAGAGGCCCCAACGAGAUACAUAGGUAAUCUGACAGGUUUAUGUGGCAACUGUAAUGGUUUACCUGAUGACGACUACAAAACUAAGACUGGUUCAGAUGAAUCCAAACUGUCCCCUUUAGUACGAGAUAUGACAGUAGGGGAUAGUUACUUAGUCAGGGACAAAAAUGGAAAACAGACACUUCAAGAAUGCUCGACAAUAUUAGUAAACAACAGAUGUCCGCAGAAAAUAGAACUGCUAGCCUAUGAAAACUGUGGCUUUCUGAACUAUCUACACCCGAGAAAUCCUUUCCGUGGAUGUAUAGAUAAGAAUCCGAGGCUUGCCGAGACACUUUUACAUGCAUGUGCUAAAGACGCAUGUCAUUACUGGAUGCUGGGUCAACUUUUCAUGAAGAAAUUAGUUUGUGGAUACAUGUCAUCUUUUGCGGAAACUUGUGCUAGGAAUGGUUUCAAAAUCGUUUGGAGACAUGAAAGUUUCUGUCCUCUAUUCUGUCCUUCAACUAUGCCAUAUAAACCUAUAGCAACACCCUGUCAAUCAACAUGUAUGGCUCCUAAACCAGUAGUAUGUCAUUUGUCCUACAAUGAAGGCUGUCAAUGUCGUGAGGGAUAUCUACUCAGUGGUAAUACAUGUGUUGCACCCAAACUGUGUGGAUGUCAUACAAACGCUGGCUAUAUACCUGUUGGUUCAACUUUUACGUCACUAAACUGCUCGGAGAUACAAGAAUGUCAGGUGAUAUCAGGCAAGCCAUUAAUGAUAACAAAACAACGUAUUCACUGCCAUAAAUACGCUAAAUGUGUUAAUCUGGAAGGAAAAACACAAUGUCACUGCAGCAGUGGGUUUACAGGUGACGGCAUCGACCAAUGUAUUCCUAAAACCCAUCCAGAACCAACUCUAACGAUUGACGAAAGCAUCAACAAGUUAAUGUCCUACAAACGUCCUCCAAUUGUUAAGAACCCUAUACAAACCAUUACUUCACGCCAUUACCAAGAGAAUAUCAUAACGCAUGCUAAACCAAAUCAAUCAAUUGUAAAAACUAUAAGUCAUACACAUCAUUUGAGAUCUCACGUGAAAUCAUUGCCACCAGCACAUCAUACAGAGCACGUUACAACGCAUUUAAACCCAUUGUCAUCAACGAGUACUACUAAAAACCACAAAUACCGAAUUUCAACUAAUAAACCUACUAAUUAUAAAAAAAAUACAAAACAGCUUACCCAUUUUAAAUCACUGACAGCAGCCAAAAUCAGAAGCAAUAGGAAACUUGUUACAAGUCACAAACUGUUGAGAAAAUUUAAUAGGACUGAAUCGGAACAUUUGAAGACUUACGUGAAACCACUGUCACCAAAUUUGAACAAAAGAAGUAAGAAAAAACAUUCCAAAAUACGUGAUAGAUCACCGUCACCAAUAGUCACUGCUAAAAGUAGGACAGAUCAUUUCACAUCGCAUGGUAAUUCGUUGUUAUCACCUGUAAAUAUCGGGCACAUGAAAGAAACCAAAAGGUGGUCCAAUAAUAUCGCGAAAGAAAAUAGCAAAUAUCCCUCUGAUCAUGUAAAAAGCCAAAAAACUAAUAGAAAUCACAUUGUGCCUUCUAAGAACAAAUAUAAAUUGAUUUCCGGUCGGGCAAGCAAAUUAAAGCCAUUCACAACACCGGAACUGACAGAUAACUAUUACUCUGGUUCAUCAACAGAGGAAGUGUGGUAAAACUAAGAUUGUUACGUAUAUGUUUCUAAUGUAUAUGUUCUGAAGAAAAUAAACCCACAUUUGCAUAUAAAUA